AUGGCUUUUCAAAGCACCAAUCCGACUAUAACAUACGACUAUACAUCCUCCAAGUAUCAUGUCAAGUACGACCACAAAACCAUUGUAACAACUGUCACUGAUAAAGCUGCCGCCGCCGAGGAAUGGGUGGACGAAAUCGUCAUGCUCUAUGCGAACCACCCAAGCAUGGUGGUAGGUCUGGAUGUUGAAUGGCGUCCUCACCAUAUCAGCUACAUGAGCAACAAAUCUGCCACCCUCCAACUGUGCAUCGACACCAAGUGUUUAAUCCUUCAACUGUUUUACAUGGAUGAAAUCCCACUGUCCCUAAAGAGUUUUCUUCUGAACCCUAAGUUCACUUUUGUGGGUAUUGAGGUUGAGGGAGAUAUAUCAAAGCUGAAGAAUGAGUAUGGGUUGGAUUGUGCUAAAAGUGCAGAUAUUCGUGAAGAGGCGAAAAAGAAAUGGCCUGGAAGGUUUCGACGACCAGGUUUGAAGGAUCUGGCUAUGGAAGUUGCAGGGAUUCACAUGAAAAAGCCGAAGCAUGUCUGCAUGAGUAACUGGGAGGCAAGAGUUUUAAAUGAAAAUCAAGUUGAGUAUGGAUGUAUCGAUGCCUAUGCUUCGUACAAGAUUGCUUACAAGCUUUUCUUUUCAGAUUAG